AUGUUCAAGCCCAGGGAGACUGAGGCAGGUAAAAAGAGAAACAAAAUCAAAAAGAAGCUGCUCAACACUUUACUGAGCUACACUGUGCUACGUCUCAAAGAGAAGACAAGAGAACUACAUCGAAUUGGCCACACAGAGGAGUUUAACCGUUUCCUCUACAUGCCCAUGGAUCUCAACACCAUGGAAACCAAGGUUCAGGCCAAAAAAUACAAGUGCCUUGAGGAGUUCCUAGCAGAUGCCCAAAACGUGCUUCAUAAUGUCUUUCUAUUAUAUGGAGGUUAG